AUGAGGUUCCAGUAUGACUUCGUUGCUGAUACAAAUAUUAAAUUGAAUGAUCGUUUCGAAUUCCCAUAUAUUCUAAAGCUAGAUCAAUAUCUGGCGGAACCUAAACCAUCUACAUACAGACUUCACGCUGUACUUGUACACUCUGGUGAUAACCAUGGUGGUCAUUAUGUUGUGUAUAUAAAUCCGGCUUUAAAUGGUAUUUGGUAUCAGUUUGAUGAUGACGUUGUUUCACGUUGCUCACUUCGUGAUGCUAUAGAUAUGAAUUUCGGAGGCACUGAUGACCCAGAUAUGCGCCUAUGCACAAAUGCUUAUAUGCUGGUUUAUAUUGCAGAAUCAGCCAAAGACGAUGUUCUAUGUCCUCUUUCGGAGAAUGAUAUUCCAGAGACAUUGCGUAAACGAUUUAUGGAUGAACAAAGAAUGGAUGAGGCGAAGAGAAAACAGAAGGAAAAAGUUCAUUUGUAUGCUGCUAUCCAUUUAAUUCUUGAGGAGAAUUUCUACGGUUGGCAGGGCCCAGAUCUGUGUAGUCAAGAAUUUUUACCUAGUAGAAUGCUACGUGUUCAAAAACAAACUGUUCGUCCAAAGUUGUUAGAUGUUGCCAGUGUGUUGCAUUAUCAACCUGAGUGCAUACGUUUAUGGAGAUUUCAACCUCGACGUAAAAAUGUGCCCACUCAUUUAAUUGAACUUAAUGACAACCAACCUCUGUGUGCAAUGAAGGAUACUCUUAUCUUCUAUGUUCAGUCUGACUCUUCAACCAAUUCAUCCAUAUCCCGAUUAGAUAAAGAACAAGCUUUGCAUUCCAGCCUAUUCUUCAGUUAUCUCCCUAUUAAAACACUUUUAGUUGAAUACGUAAGUCUACAGCCGACAACACAAGAUCCUGUGGUUCCAUUAACAAUAUAA